AUGGCCAUGUUUCCAGGAACCGUGGCUUUCGAUGAAUAUGGGCGGCCAUUUAUAAUAUUAAGAGACCAGGAAAACCAAAAACGGCUAACCGGUAUCGAUGCCUUGAAGUCCCACAUCCAAGCCGCCCGUCAGAUAUCCAGCAUCCUACGAACCUCACUAGGCCCCCGUGGGCUUGAUAAGAUGAUGGUGUCUUCAGAUGGUGAAGUGACAGUCACCAAUGACGGUGCUACAAUUUUAAAGAUGAUGGAUGUUGAACAUCAGAUUGGAAAGCUUAUGGUGCAGCUUGCACAGAGUCAAGAUGAUGAGAUUGGAGACGGAACUACUGGUGUUGUGGUUUUGGCUGGUGCCCUGCUGGAGCAGGCUUCCAACUUACUAGAGAAGGGUAUCCACCCCAUCCGUAUUGCUGAUGGUUUCGAGUUGGCUGCAGCUACAGCAUUAGCCCAUCUUGACAGCAUCAGUGAAGCAUUCCCAGUAAACAAGGAUACUAGGGAGCAUCUCAUCAAGGUUGCUAUGACAACGCUUGGUAGUAAAGUUGUUGUCAAAUGCCACAGAUUGAUGGCUGAGAUUGCUGUUGAUGCUGUCCUGUCUGUAGCUGAUCUAGAGAAACGUGAUGUGAACUUUGAACUGAUCAAGGUGGAAGGGAAAGUUGGCGGAAAAAUGGAAGACUCCAUGCUCGUUCGAGGUGUUGUCAUAGAUAAAACUAUGAGUCAUCCACAGAUGCCUAAAGUUCUUAAGGAUGUUAAGCUGGCAAUCCUCACUUGCCCAUUUGAGCCACCAAAGCCCAAGACCAAGCAUAAGCUCCAAGUGGGCACAGUAGAAGAGUACAGAGAACUGAGGCAGUAUGAACAUGAGAAGUUCAUCGAAAUGGUGCGACGAGUUAAGGAUACUGGUGCAACCCUGGCUAUCUGCCAAUGGGGCUUCGAUGAUGAAGCUAACCACCUUCUCCUGGCGGAACAGCUGCCAGCAGUGAGAUGGGUGGGUGGCCCAGAAAUGGAACUCAUAGCUAUUGCUACUGGAGGCAGGAUCGUGCCGCGCUUUGAGGAGUUGACUGCCGAUAAACUAGGUCACUGUGGAUUGGUUCGGGAACUGACCUUCGGUACAACAAAGGACGAGAUGUUGGUUAUUGAGGAGUGUUCCAAUUCGCGUGCUGUCACCGUCCUGGUGCGCGGUGGCAACAGAAUGAUUGUGGAGGAGGCGAAGCGGAGCGUGCACGACGCUCUUUGCAUUGUCAGGAGUUUGGUGCAGGACUCUCGCGUCGUGUACGGCGGAGGCGCCGCUGAAGUCGCUUGUUCGUUAGCGGUGGCUCGCGAAGCAGACAAGCUGUCUUCACUCGAACAGUAUUCCUUCAGAGCGUUCGCGGACGCCCUGGAAGCUAUACCAAUGGCUUUGGCUGAGAACAGUGGUCUAUCUCCCAUUGAUGCUUUAUCAGAUGUCAAGGCUCGCCAGGCAGCUGAAAAUAACCCUAACCUGGGUAUUGACUGCAUGAACAGUGAUUCCAAUGACAUGAAAGGACUUAAUGUAAUAGAGUCACUCCAUUCUAAGAAGCAGCAGAUUGCCCUCGCAACACAGUUGGUCAAGAUGAUACUCAAAAUCGAUGACGUGCGAUCCCCAGCUGAUAGUAUGCAAUAA